CCAUCCAAGGAGAAGUACGCCGACAACACGAUCGAUGAGGAGUUCCUGAACCAUGCUCGAUAUCUUCAGCAGAUGAUUGUCUACAAGACCUUGAAGUACGGCAUCAAGAACGGAGACAUAGGACUCAUCGAUCGAGUCAUUGGUGUCUGUUGCUUUUAUUUCGAGGGGACUGGACAAUCAAACUACGCAUUCGAGAUGCUCUAUCUGAAGCGGCUCACGAGCACCAAAGCUUGUGAUAAGGAGCUUCGGCGCGCCAUCCUCUCGAAUAGCCUCGUCAAUCCGCAUGGCCGUCGGGACACCUGGCAAGAAGUCGAUCGUAGCCUCGAAUAUCUGAACCUGGAGCUGAAAAGGGAGCUUUGGGCCCGUCGAACGUCGACUUUCGGAUUGGAUGCUCUGUUCAAGACUACCUCGUUAACUGCAGAAUACACCGUUUGUCUACGCAAGGCGAUAGAGAAUGCCUUUGCCCGGAAGGACAACUCCACACACGCCGUGCCUUCUCCGGUGGACGAUAUCCAUACGUUGGCAUUUGAGUUG